GCGGUCUUCGUGAGAUACAACACUACUGCGUCUGCUGAGUUACCCAUCUCUUGGCUGUGACACAAUCUGAGCCAGCGUUCCCUGCUAAGCCGUACUUACAGCUCGCGUUUAGGCAUCGAAUUUGAAGGAGGACUGCGGCUCCAAAGUCGGCUUCAAGGGUAACUAGCAGCCAGGUUGUAACCAUGAUGUCGUCUGCUUCGACUGAAAACCUCUUGAACUCAUUCCCAAUGUUCGGGAAUGUCAGAUGGAGUGUUCUUGAAUAUACUGGGACGUUGGGGGAGACAUGUAAGAUGAACACAAGCGUGUCGUCUGAGUCGCUCAAGCGCAAUUCAACGGCAUCGACGCAGGACGAAAACACACCGCCGACCACUGCAGGGACUCCACCGACUGGCUAUGGCUUGUCACCACCGGUGUACUUUAUAGAUGAGUCUGGGUGCCAACAAAGACGCAAAGGCAGUUUCCUCAACCAUACACCACGAGAUAUCGAGAUGCGGUCUUCGAAGCCACUCGACGUCUACCAACCUUCCAAGAAAUUCAAGGAGAACUACUCACGUCCCAGAACGUCUCAAGGGUUUCGUUCACUCAGCAACAAUCGUAUCGCUACGAGUUCACGUGCUUGUAGCUCGUCGACAGCGUCCCAUACAGCUCGGGGGUCCACCAAAAUCGAGUCUCGAGAUGCAAUCGAGCUUGCCUCCAAAGAGUCCUCGUCACCUUCGUCACUUGAGGUCUAUCAACCAUCAGCCAGGCCAAAUCGACGCUCAUCCUCCGUCCCUUUGGCCAGAGUGCUUACUUACGAGCCUUACUCCACCUUGUCUUCUGAGUGUGUAGGCCGCAAUGCCAGCAUUGGAAGCGCGAGCAUCCCGAUCAGUCGCCCAAAAGAUAAGAAACGCCAGCGCCGCCAAACGCCAUUUAAAGUAACGAUGCCGACUCUGACCAUUGCCGCACGACAUGCGCCACUUGAGCCACUGGUAGCCAAGCACCGACGCAAGGCUAGCUACGACACCAUGAGCGAGCUGCUACCUGAGACCGAAACCGAGCAGGUUGGUGAAAUGGGUACUUUUGGUAUCAUCCAGAGAUACUUCGAUAGCCAGACGGGCGGUCCAGUGUCUGUAUCGGAGGCAAUCUGUCACGCCUACUCACCAGACCCACGAGAUGUUCCUCUUCCGGUGUCCCCUGAGCCAGCUCUUCCGGUAUCAACCAGAGAGCCUAUCAAUAUCUAUGCUAUUGGUGAGCCAGAUAUGCAUGAGCCACCACCAGCAGUACCGGAUCGUAGUCCAAAGCGGCUCACGAACCCAAGCUUCCCAACCCAGAUCGAGCCUGCCGUCUCCACGCCAGACGAUUUUGUCUUCGUGGCUGAGGAGAAAUGUUCGUUGUCUGACGAUGACAAGCAACUGGAGGGUGAUCUCCACGUUCCGAAGGAGCGAAUCUCAAAACGCCUUGACGUAGGACAAGCUGGCCGCGUAGGUUCCUCGCAGGUAGGACGAUUGGCGCCACCGAUUCUCAGCCACGAUGCACUGACAGCGAGUGCUGAUCUGGGCCUGAAUGAUCUCAGUUACUACCUGAAACAUACUGGACCAUCUACAGACCCUCAGUCUUCGGCACAACCGCGCAAGCAAACGAAGUUGUUCAAAGUCAAGCAGCGCAAGACUCUGGCUACUCGCGUCGGAUCCGUGGAAGGCUCUCCUCAGCGAGCGCGCAGACAGGCGCCUAUUCCGACGUGCGCCCGCGAGAUGACCACGUCUGGAGGCGCGCGACAUCUUAGGAUCGUCAUACCAACCGAAAGCCCUCGCAACACUCAGGUGAUUGCUGUCUCCACAUCUCAACCUCCAAAACAACGACGUUCCCGACAUAUCGCCAUCACAUUUAACGAGGAGACGCCGAACCCCCUCGCCAGCCCGAAAGUAGAGCGUAUAAUGGCCAGCCACGGGCGUCGUUCGUUCUCCGAGCCAGCUCCCGUGUCGCCGCGGAACCCGAAGAGGCCACCCGAGUCACCUAAGUCAGUGCCUGCUGAUGACCAUCCACUAGCGGUAUCGCCCGAGCCACGGUCAAACCGAGAAGAUCAGACGAGAGCUCGGAAGCUGCGAGACUUGCAGCGCAUCAAGCGCAAGCCAUUACCGACAUACUCCGAACAGAAAGAGCAGCACUCCGAGCCGGUCGCUGGAGCAUUACCGACACCAGCUCACACACCAGAGCCCUUGCCAGAAUCAGUCAUUGGAAUUGACAGCGGCCAUGAUGAGGGUCUCGAGGAAGAGAGUUGGAUUAGCAGGAUGGCACGGAUGCAGGAGAGGGCCAUGUUGCUGCAGAGACAGAACACGGAGCUCACAGAGGCGCUGGCCAAGAUUGUGGGACUCGAGCUUGAAGAUGGAGAUCUGAAGCCUGAGGACGUGCUGAGGGCAUUCAGGCAGGCCAAGUUCUCGCGAUAAAGAUAGUAACAGGCGGACGAGUGUGGGUAUUCAAUAAAUCUGCAUUGCCAUUAAAUAUAUCUCUGGUUUGUGUCUGGGCUCUGUCCAUGCUCUAGUGUCGCAAUACGAUCGUGACGAGCCGACACGAGGAAGCUCCUGAAGAUCAUGACGAAGCUUCCCUGAAUGUUCCAAAUAUAGAUCUAGUUCCUGGAUGCUUGGCACAUUGCCCAGGUAUCAGCGACAAAUUGUAGCCACCUUGCUCAGUAUCUUGAAAGUCAA